AUGCCCCAGACGAAUGGCGUUGCUCGUCUCAUCGACGUCGUGGAGGACAGCAGGGCCUACUACGUGGUGAUGGAGCGUGCGGGAGGUUGUGACCUGUACGAGUGUCUAUCGGGCGCACCUGAACGACGGCUGCCUCCCCACGAGGCCAAGGAGGUGCUCAAGGAACUCCUUACAGCAGUCGCAGAGCUUCAUGCGCAUGGCUUCAUCCACAAGGACCUGAAGCUGGAGAACGUGAUGCUCAACAAGCCUGGACCAAAGUGUCCUGCGCACAUUCGACGAAAUCUGGCGACCAGUCCAGGUGCUGGUGUCAAGCUAAUCGACUUUGAUACGGUUGAAGAGUGGAAAUCAACAGGCCCCAAGUCCAAGCACGUGCUGGGCACUGACCAGUACAUCGCGCCGGAAGCCUACGAAGGCAAGUAUUCGCCUGCCUCCGACAUUUUUGCCGUGGGGGUCAUUGCCUACAAGAUUUUGACUGGCUCAUUCCCGUAUAACGGGCGCCUUUUUGACGACAAGCCCGGUGAGAACUGGGUCGGAUCACCCAAGAUGAAAGAGAUCCGGCAGAAGCUGUGCGAUGCAAGGGUCAGCUUCAGCCACGCCGUCUUCGACAAGGAGCCAGGUGCACAACGCCUUGUCGCACGGAUGCUGGCGGUCAGCGAGUCUGACCGCCCGGAUGCCCAGGAGUGCCUGCGGGAUGCAUGGUUGUUGGAGCCAUCAAGACCCAAGUCAUCGCAGGAUUCCGGCCAGCCUGUGGCGCGUGCUGUUCUGGUACAUCAUGUGCGAGGACGAGCACAGCCGGUGCAAAGCCAGCAAAGGACGAUGGCACACAAUGCGGCCAUUGGAAAUGUCCAGCAGCUUCUGCACCGAUCACACGCACAGGGCGAGGCUCACCCGGCCAGUCGACGGGGCAAGCGCAUGGCCUCGGACGACCUUCCGCUGGGAAGCUCAGAGUUGUGA